AUGCCACCCAACCCGAAACCAAGGGGCCCAGUCAACAUCAAAUCCGCUGCUCGCAAACUCCCCUACAAACGCCGAGAGCCUCAACCCCAACCUUCAAGUCCCCCUCGAUCAUCCCUCGCCACCACCCUGAGCCCCCAUCCGCCCCCGAUCAUGCCUGCGCCGAUCCCCGGUACGACGAGUACGACUUCGAUGGCGACGAGAGAAGAGGAGGGAGGAGCGAGCCGCCGCCGCCAACGACCCGGAUCAUCACCAGCGAGUGAAGCGCGCCGGGUUUCAAUUCCACCGGAUCUGUCGGAGUCCGCGGAGAUCGAUUCCUCCAGGGGCCUCCUCGGCUGCGCUCGGUCCCAGGCCUCGUCUUCCCCGGACCUCAACAUCUUCUACGAGCCGCUUCUCGAGUCGUUGCCGGCAGCCCUACACCGCUCCCAGCUCUCCGAGAAGGCUCCGCGCCUCCGCAAGAAGUUCCGCGGUUCGUCUCGCCGAGUUGCCCGUGGCCAGGACCCGAACCGGCCUGCCCCGCACGACCGGGGGGAGAGUGGGAGGAGGGCGUUGGAUUCCGGUGUGUUCCGGAAUUAUUGUGCUUGGAUGUGUCUUGGGAUUUUUGGGCGCCGAUGA